GGAGGACUAAAGACAUCCAGAGAAUCGAGGGGAGAAGAAAUCGAUCGAGACAGUCGCCGCCGCAGGUACUUCCGUCAGCCGUCGGAGCUCGUUGUAUCGGAAGAGAGAGAUAUAUCGUUGGAUAGCGAACCAGGCCGAGAAAUAGAGCUGGCUCGGUAGACCGGAGCCGCAUCGCGUGGGAGACUGGGAGGAGAUCGGGUCGGCGAAACAGAGCAGCUUUCCUUUCGUUCCCCGGGGAAUCGAAGCUCUCUCUGUGGGCAACUUCGACGACUUCCCGGUAACGUGCUGAGCUAAUUCUAAGAUUGCUGCUGCUAAUGAAAGUAUUGGUCGUCAAAGCAACUAGGUCCCGGACUAAACUCUGCGGUUCAGUUUGUCCACUAUUUUCCGCCUCGUCAAUUUCCCCAGCCCUAAUUCCACCAGAAAACAGAACAGAGCAAGCAAGAGGGAGAAGCCAAUAGAACACACAUACGAACAGGCCCACCGCUCACGCAACGUAGAGGAAGGGACGCAAUGGCAGAGAAAUUGGCUCCGGAGAAGCGUCACAGCUUCGUUCACAACGGCAACACGGUGUUUGAAUGGGACCAAACCCUAGACGAGGUUAAUAUGUACAUAAAGAGGCCGAUGGAAGUUCGUCCGCAGCAGUUCCACUGCGUGAUUCGGUCUAAUCAUCUCACGUUCGGCAUCAAAGGCAGCCCUCCUUUUCUCGAUCAUGACCUCGCUCAUCCGGUGAAGACAGACUGUUCUUUCUGGACUAUAGAAGGACGAUCUGUUCAUCUGCCUGUGGACGGGAAAUGGGUAGUGUUGGUGAAUUAAGUUGGGUUCUUUUCUUGUCUCGUGUUAGAGGAUGAUAUAAUGCACAUUACUCUGCAAAAGAGGGAUAAGGGGCAGAUGUGGGCUUCUCCUCUUAUGGGUGAUGGCCAGCUGGAUCCUUAUGCAGCUGAUAUUGAGCAGAAGCGUCUUAUGCUCCAGAGAUUUCAGGAAGAGAAUCCGGGUUUCGACUUCUCACAAGCUCAAUUUACAGGGAAUUGCCCCGAUCCAAGAACUUUCAUGGGAGGGAUUCGUAACGAUUGACCAUGCCAUUGCGUCGUAUUGUUGUUUUGUCAGGCUGGUGGCCUAAUCCAGACGUUCUUGUAGAAAACAGUCCUGUAUUCUCUACUUUCAAGCCAGGUCUGGCUUCUCAGCAAAAACGAUCAGCAACCGGCUUCUAUGUCAUAUAUAGGAUGUAGCACCAGUUGCUCGUUCUCAAGUUGAAGUUGCACAAUUUGUAUAUGAUUUAUGGCUUGGGAAAUGACUGUCCCUUCUGCGCUUGUUCUGAGGAUGGACGAAAACUCGACUUUGUUCAAUGAUCCAUCUGUCAUGUACAUCAGUACACCAGACUUCUAUGCUGUUUUGUAUUGCAGCAGUGUCUGUCAUUAUAUGAGCUGCGUGGUUUGCUUCUCUUUUUGACACGUCUUCGCCUUCCCUGUGUACCCUCCCU